CUCAUAUCAACCGAUUCAAAACUAACGCCCGCACUGCCAAUGCCGGAUGGCUGGAGCUGGUGCUUCGGCCAUUCUUUUGUGCUGCUUCGCUACACGAGUCGAUACCCACCACUUGCAAACGUCGGCCUGGCCAUGCAAGAUCUAAGUCAAGAAUUCGCAGAUACAGAGAUGUUCCUUAUCGAUCUCUGGCCCAGCUACCCAUCCUCAAUUGUCGUCUCCAACCCGGACGUAGCCAACUUGGUGACACAGAAACUCGCUCUCCCGAAGCCUCCCUUGGCCGGAGACUCUGUCGAACCCAUCGUUGGUGGACCAAGUAUACUUUCAAUGAAUGACGUGGACUGGAAGAAGUGGCGGACUCUCCUCAAUCCUGGAUUCAGCGCUCAGAAAUUGAUGAACCAUGUUCCUUUUAUUGUGGACUGCUGUGAGGUCUUCAACGAGAAACUCCGUAAUGAGGCUAGGAAGGGUAGUAUUUUCUCGUUGGAUGAGUUCGCGACGCGUCUGACUUUCGACAUCAUCAUGAAAGUUACGCUCGACUCGAAUAUCGAUUAUCAACGCUCUGAGCAUAUCAUCCCAACCGCUUUGAACACCAUUACUCGGUGGCAUUCCUUUUGGGAUCCUCGGGUGCUACUCAAUCCCCUGCGACCGAUCAUCCAGAAGUAUUACGGUCGAAAGAUGGUCAAUUACAUCAAAAAGGAACUCCAUAAUCGCUUCGAAGAGCUGAAAGCAGACCGCCUAGCAAAUCUGCAGGAACAGCCAAAGCGUCCACUCUCCGUUAUCUCGCUUGUAUUGGAAGCCUACAUUGCGGAGAAAGACAAGAGGCACCUCCUACAAUCAUCCACACUAGACGACGACUUCGCCGCCAUAGUCUCCAACCACAUCCGCCUCUUCCUCUUCGCCGGCAACGACACCACCUCCUCCACCAUCGCCUUCGCCAUCCACACGAUGACCCGGAACCCCACCGCGCUAUCCCUCCUCCAAAACGAACACGACUCCAUCUUCGGCCGCCGCACCUCCCCCUCCCAAACCGCCGCCCUCCUCCGCUCCUCCCCUCACCUCCUCUCCAAAUGCCGCUACACCCUCGCCUUCAUCAAAGAAACCCUCCGCCUCUACCCCCCAGCCGCCAACAUGCGCCUCGGCGGCCCGGACGUCAAUCUCACCGCACUCAACGGCCAAGUCCUCCCUACACAAGGCCUCAACAUCAUCCUCAUGCACCAAGGUCUCCACAUGAACCCGCGCGUCUGGCCGUGGCCCAUGGAUUUCCUGCCCGAGCGGUGGCUCGUGGAGCCGGGGCACGCGUUGUAUCCGCCCGAGGGCGCGUGGCGGGCGUUCGACGUCGGUCCGAGGAGGUGUAUCGGGCAGGAACUUGCGCUGUUGGAAGUGAAGGUUGUGUUGGUUAUGACGGCUAGGGCGUUUAGGUUCGUCGAGGCGUAUGAGGAGUGGGGGAGGAUCCAGGAACAGCGGAAGGGGCUGUGGGGGAGGGUGAUGAGGUGGUUAGUGAGGGAGGUGAGGGAGGAAGUGAGGACUGUGAGGGGGGAUAGGGUGUAUCAGACUGAGAAGGCGGGGACGCAUCCUUCUGAGGGGUAUCCGUGUCGUGUGGAGGUGUUGGGUGAAGAUGGAGGUUCGGGGGGAUGAAGGGGGGUGGGUUGGUUGGUAGGUUGGUAGGAUGGGAGGAUGGGAGGUAGGUUGGUAGGUGGGAUGGUAGGAUGGCAGGUGGAAUGGUAGGAUGGUAGGAUGGCAGGUGAGAUGGUAGGAUGGCAGGUGGGAUGGUAGGAUGGUAGGUU